AUGGCUUGGGAUCAGCUUGGAACGUCGUGGCCGCACGUGGCGUACGCCACCACCGGCUUCGCGCUACUACUUUUUGGCACGAUAUCUUUAUUUUUGAAGGAAAAACUAUACAUUGGUGAGGCAACUCUAGCUACGAUAUUUGGAUUAAUUGUAGGACCGCAUUGCCUUGACUGGUUCUCUCCGGAAAAGUGGGGAAACACAGAUUAUAUUACACUAGAGGUUUCGCGUAUUGUUCUCGUGGUGCAGAUUUUCGCAGUCGCGGUGGAAUUACCCAAGAAAUACGUAUGGCGCCACUGGUUCAGUUUAUUCAUGUUGCUUGUUCCAGUCAUGACGUAUGGCUGGCUAAUCAGCUCGGUCUUUAUUUGGAAGCUAGUUCCUACGCUUCGUUGGAUCGAAGCCUUAGCCGUCGCUGCUUGUAUCACGGCUACAGAUCCCGUUUUAGCCUCGGCGGUUGUUGGUAAAGGUAAAUUUGCCAAACGUGUUCCUGGACAUUUGCGAAACCUUCUAUCUGCUGAAUCUGGUUGCAAUGACGGAAUGGCGUUUCCUUUCGCCUUAUUGGCAGUUAAUAUUCUUGAGCAUGAGGGAAAUGCGGGUGAAAUCGCCAAGGAUUUCAUUGCUGUUUCUGUACUCUAUGAGUGUAUUUUUGGUUGCUUGAUAGGUGCUGUGAUUGGCUACGUGGGGCGUGUCUUGAUUAAGUUUGCUGAAAAGUACAACCUUAUUGACAGAGAAUCUCUACUGGCCUAUUACUUCUGUAUGGCAGUUUUUUGUGCUGGUAUCGGCACAAUUCUUGGUAUUGAUGACCUUCUGGUUGCAUUCUGUGCAGGCACAGCUUUCUCCUGGGACGGUUGGUUCGCUAAGCAAACCGAAGAAUCACAUGUGUCUAACGUUAUUGAUGUUCUACUGAAUACAGCUUAUUUUAUUUACUUUGGUGCAAUCGUUCCUUGGAACUAUUUUAACCACGCUGACAUUGGUCUCCGUGCAUGGAAGUUGGUACUUUUAGCCAUCAUUGUUCUUGUCGUACGCCGGUUACCCAUUAUGCUUCUUAUCAAGCCGGUCAUACCUGAUAUUAAAACAUGGCGUGAAGCGCUCUUCUGUGGGCAUUUUGGUCCUAUUGGCGUUGGUGGGUUGUUCAUUGCCAUUUUGGUGCGUGCAGAACUUGAGACUGGUGGUGUCACACCAUUGAAAGAGCUCCCGGCUCCGACGGAAAAAAACUACUAUGCCAUUGCCACCAUUUGGCCGAUCACUUGCUUUUUGGUCAUUUCAUCCAUCAUUGUUCAUGGGUCUUCUAUUGCUGUCUUCACUCUUGGUAAACGUCUGAACAACAUGGCUAUCACUAUGACUUACACCCGUACACAGACUCAGGGUGGUGAACCUUCUUGGAUGAAGCGUCUUCCUUUCGAUGGUAGUGGUCUCAGACUCGAGAAAGUUGAGACAGAGACUGUUUUCGGUAACAAAAAUAAGAAACGCAGAAAGCCCAAGAUCAAGCGUAAAAAUAAGGCUCCCGCCAGCGAAGAAGAGCCUCCCAAGAAUGUUGAGGUGUCUCUUUCGUUGGAGGUUGGUGAUGAAACAGUCAAGAAGACAGAAAUUCUCCCAUCCAAUAAAAUCCUUGGCAAGGACCCUAAAGAUAUCCGUGCAUACCUUGAGGGCUCUCACGUUGUUGUGGAGGAUGAUGAGGGUAACUUUGUCCACGACUUUGAUAUUGGCAGCAUUCAUGGUGUCACAAGCGUGCCCCAACUUGAAAUCAAAGCCACUGAGAAGAGCCCGGACGUUUCCGAACCGAGCUCAGACUCUGGAGUUACUCGUGUUGAAGGAGAUGACGAAUCGGUCGGUGGCAGUGAGAGGAGCUUGUCUCGGCCAGUUUCUGUUCACUCAAGAAGUGGACAACAUGGUCGACGACAAGUCUUUGCUUGCAUGGUCGACAACAAUGUCAUUCUUGAGAACGAGGAUGGAGAGAUCAUCAAGCGUUAUCGCGUUCACCGCAAAGGUGAGCCCUCUGACGCUAACAAGACCAAGUGGGAAAAAUUCACAGGUAUGUUCAGACAACGGAAAGAUCAUGAAGAUGAGCCGGACAUCGAACACAGUAGCCAAGAUCGCAUUGUGCCUAUUGAAGGCGACGAAUCUGAUGUUGCUGAUAAGAAUUCGAUAGGCAACAAUCCGAACAUUCUUCGGCGUCUCGAAAAAAUGGUUCAGUCCGAUGGUCUUUUCCCGAAUGCCGAUAGCGGACAUCGCCGGCAAAUUCAAGUUGAUGUUAUCGACGCUAGGAACGACCCUUCCUCUCCUGAAAACGACGAGGAGGAAGGCGUGGAAUACGAUGACCCUCAUGUUGAAUCGCAUGAUGAAGAGGAGGACGAUGAGACUGAGGUCGAACGUAAUCGUCGUUUAGCGGCUCUGGGUGUCCUGGAUACUAGCGAGCGAUCUGAGGCUCGUGCGGGCUCCAGCCAUAUGUCAGGCAUUGCAGAAGAAAAUUCAGAUACCAAACUGACAUUCAGUUUGCCCAAAAAGCCUCAUUAA